UUCAUUGUUGACUUUAAAAAAAGGCUUAGCCACUAAGUAUUCGUGUUAAAGUGUUAUUUCAUUUCUUAGAUCAUUCCAGUGUUUCUGUGCUCUUCCGAGCAUGUUUUUGUGGUCGGGAGUCGGUCUUUUGUGAUGUUUUUAUGUUCAACACGCCGAUAACAGUUUAUCAUAUGGCCGGACUAUUAUUACGAGUUUUGUUCAAAUUUGAUCUAAUGUAUAAAAAAAGGUGUAUCUAACAAGACUUUGAUGAUUGUGUCACUAAGAGCCUAAUGAUACUUCCUUUUAAAUACUUAAAGCUCUUUACUCAGUUAGUUUUUGGUCGUUUGAUCGAACUAAAAGGUGGUGUACUGACUUGCCUCUUCACUCUGGAGUCUCGUGUUCUCGUCAUCACCUGUAUAUGAGUAGAGUUGCUUAGGCUCUCCCUCGAUUCGAGGGUUUGUCUCUGGUUUCUCCGGUUUUUCCUCCCUUCACAAAACAUAACAAGUUAAUUUACAAUUAAUUCAAUCUGUGAGUAAGGCGUGCCCUGAUCUUGAUCAGCUCAGAGGUUGUUUCAGGGUACGUAUUGAUGACAUUUGAAGGUUAUCGGUCGGACGGUCGGUCGGUCGGUUCCUAUGAGGGGAUAUGAUCAUUAUUCAAUACACCGUUUAGUUAAGCAGGUUUAUUGUUAUUAGAUAUAUAAGGUUAUUUUUCGUUCUCAGGUUCGUUCACCAGUUAAAACAUCGACAGCCAUUUUGUUUUUCUUCAUAUUUAUUAUGGCUAUUGAGAUUGAUUGAUGGUUUGUUGGUCACCCGACUGGGAGGCCAGACAAGUCAUGCAUCUAAACACUCUUUCUUAUUCGGCGGCUGCCUUUAAAUCGUGAGUGAGCAUGUCAUCAGUGAAGUCGGUGUGUGAAUAAUGAGUUUUUCACAGCACUAUGGUGUACGGUAUCAAUUCGAUCUCAAAAGUGAGGGUCUCAAAUCAAUUAAGAUUCAUUUUCCAACCCUCAUCUCGUCUCACAAAGAUAAAGCUUACAGUCACGAACACAAAUAUAUACCGUUAAAUAUCCACAAAAUACAAAAGUGUUUUAAUAUUUUUAUUUUAAGAGGAAAUUAAACGGAAGAGGUAUUUUUUCGAACAAAGUUUGAUGCAAAGAAUGACAUAUUGUUUCCACAACAAAAUCCGCCUUUUUGUUAUAAUCAUUCUGGGCAAUUUACUUGUUCGUGUUGUCCAAAAAGAAGCCGAACCUUUUGUGCGCGAUAUACGCCUUAGCUCCCCAUCAGAGCCAGACGUUGUUACUUGCGAGUGAUAUGUACACGGAUGAAUUCUGAUGAAUGCUGUUUGAUAACCUAGAUUUCAUUUUCGUACAAAAGGGAAAUUGCUACAUUAUGAUAACAAAGGUUUAUCCACUGUGCUUCUAUUCACUGUAUCGGAUGGCAUGGGGAUUGCCCCUCGCGACAACAACUUUACCUUUCCAUCCAUUAAACAAUAUACAUACACACUUAACGUUCGAUUAACAAGUAGCCCUGAUCUUUGGACUGAUAUAUAUAUACAUAUAUAGCUGUUGUUACGAUACAGAGAAACUGACUUAUUCAGGUAGUAGCCCUGAUCUUUGGACUGAUAUAUAUAUACAUAUAUAGCUGUUGUUACGAUACAGAGGAACUGACUUAUUCAGGUGAACUAUAAGUUACCGUUGAAAUACAUUACAGCCAUAGACCUACCGCACAGGAUGCUCAAUAAUACUAUAUGCCCCGACGGAGCCUCGUGUUCCUCAACCCUCUUCGAUCUCAACAGUUCGCAAGUCACUUCAAACGACACCGGUAAUGGAACCCUCAAUAGCGAGGCUCACUACAACAUCGUGUUCAAGAUAUUCGCCGCGACAGUCAUGGUUAUCAUAACCAUCGCAGCGUUACUAGGCAACCUGUUGGUUCUGUACGCGUUUUUUAACUACCACAGGCUCAGAAACAAUGUGACAAACUACUACAUUGCCAGCUUGGCUCUUUCGGACCUCCUGACGGCCGCUUUGGUCAUCCCACUGGAGAUAGAUACAUUUAUUAACGACUCUAUGUGGAAUAAAGGAGAAACCAUGUGUCGUAUAUGGACCACUCUGUAUCUGUUGGCUGCACCAGGAUCUAUAAUUAAUCUUUGUGCCGUCACGCUGGAUCGCUUUAUAGUCCUACGCGUUCCAUUGCGUUACACCGAACUCGUGACACCCAGAAAGGCCGYGAUAGUGAUUAUUUGUCUAUGGGUGUACGCUUUGAUUACCGCUUGCCUGCCAGUUAUGGGAUGGAGAAAUAUCAAAAUGGAUUUUAUUAUGGAAGGACGAUGUACCUUUAAUUUAACACCAGAAUAUACGACCCUCAUGAACAUCGUGAAUUUUCUUAUUCCAAUGAUCUUCAUGGCCAUAUGCUGGUCCUUGAUUUAUCAGAUUGCAAGAAAACAUCAAAGAAGAGUAAAAAAGCUUGCUCGGAGUAUGUCAGUCAACGAGACAACAAUGUCGUUGACAAUGAAUGGUGUCAAUGGACGACCGAGUAUCUCUGAAGGCACGCAUACCAAGAAAUCAAUCAAAAAGCACUUGAAAGGUUCAAAAUACAUUGCUAUCAUUGUUGGUGUGUUUUUCUUGUGUUGGUUGCCGUAUACCUUAUUAAGUCUAUCGGUGUCUGUUUGCGGAAAUAAAUGUUACUAUGCUACGCCAGAAGAACUGGCGAACAUUCUACUAAUGAUGGGAUACCUGAACUCUGCGCUCAAUCCAUACCUCUAUCCUUUCCACGACAGACAGUUCAAAGAGGCUUUUAAAAACAUACUUUUCGAUAUACAGAAUCUUACGAUAUGGGAGAUAUUUAGACGAAAAGAUGGCUAGACUGGCGAAGCUUGGCUGUUAAUCGGGCAAAUAUUCCUGAAAGUCAAAAUAAGUGCUUCACUCUAGAAGACGUCAUAAAAGGAUGAACUGCUUUCCUGAUUUCCAUCUGAGAUGGUCAGCCGAGACGUCUGUACGGUGCUAGACAAAUGACGAAGAUAUUUACGAAUCGACAAACAUCGAAUCAAGAUUGUCCUGAUAUUAAGUAAAGACGCCGCUCUCGAUUCAUGUAGUCUGAAAGGAAAUUUGAAAUCAGAUGGCAUCUAUUUCAUUUAGCAAGGAAACUAAUAUAAUAUAAAUGGCGAUCCCGUGUCAUUCUCUUUAGUGUCAUUCCUUUGUUUGUCAGAGGCGCGUGGGGAGACGCACGAAAAUGGAUAAAAUUCAGAGAAUCCAACAAACGUAUUUUAAAGGAAUUAAUGUCAAAUGGAAAAAAAAAAACGUUUUCGCUGAAAUGGAUUUAUAGACCUUUUACUUCAAAGGUCUUGUUUUCUCGUGUGAUAUCCCUUGUGCUUUAUACCUUUCUUUACCAGUAUUCCUGAAGAUUGAUAAUAUUCUAUAAGCGCCAUCUUGGAUAAAUUCAAAAAAGUUAGUCAUUCACAAGGUUACGAGGCUAAGACCGCUAAGGAUCACGAUAAACAGUUCACAUCAAAUUAAACGAGUAAAGGUUUUUGACGCAAAUUGCAUCUUAAUUAUGCUCACAUGAGGUGAAACCGUUACUAGUAAAAGUUAGUGCAGUUUUCGUAUGACUGUGAAAAGCUCAGUGCCGUAAGCGUGACGUGCCGUGACCGUGAUACUUUCUAGAAUUGUAAUUGGCUGAUUUUUUUUCACGCGCAAUGUGAUUGGUCUAAAAGUGCCGUGAUCUAGGCGUGACCGUGUCCGCGCCGGUAAGAGGGUCCAUCCAAACAGUGCGGAUGGAAACUGUUCAUAGCUUAAUUAACCCUGAAAAUAUACGAAGCAUUCAUCACUCACAUAUACCCCUCCCCUCUCCUCGUAAACACUUCCCCAAGAGGAGUGGGGAGGGGGGUACAAGUAUGUGUUUGAUUGAUGCAACAUAGUAUUAGGUUACGUGAUAUAUCAAACGCAAAAGGUCCAAUUUAAAACGGACAAUAAACUAUCAGUAUCUUCCAGUCAAA